UGGGAGGUGGGGAGACCAAAGACAAAGGUUACAGUGAGCAGCUGGCACAGAGUGACAGGAGAAUGACUUUCUGCCCCGUUGGGGGGCUGUGCCAUCCGUGGUUUCUCCUAGGUGGGAUUCAGAUGGUCCAGCAUGUGCUCCAGGCUGUCACCCCGGAUAGCAAUGAGUUGCCUUCUUCAUUCCUGCAGGUGAGAUUGUUACGGGCCCAGCUGCCAGGAACUGUGGCCAUGUUUUAUGACCGGGAUGGAGGGUGUGUCAAGGAGGCCAUGCAUAAAGCUGGAGACAUCAUCUACCUCCUCAAGAGGGAGGGGCUUGGCUCCAUCUCCCAGGACAUUGCAGUCAGCCUUCGCCCCUUCAUUGAUGAUGAGAGGGACAGUGUGUGCUCAGCUGCCAUUUUACUGCUUGGCAACAUGGUGAGCAGGGUGCAGGACCCAGACAAACCCCUCGUGCAGCAGGAAAUCAUCCACUGCUUGCUCCCACUGCUGCUGCAUCUUGAAGACCAGGAUGAGAUUGUGACACUGUGAUGUAAACUGACGCUCUUCCGCUGCGCAGUGUUUCUCGGCUGGGCUCAUUUGAAGAGGCUGUUCUGCAGCAUGGCCUGGGAUGGCUCCUCACAGCUCUCGAAGUGUGUCUGGAAGUGCUUGUGCCUUGAGAGUGGUGAAUGGGGACUUGAGGGAGACCUUUCUAACCCCACACCAUGAAUACCCAUCCGCUUCGGUCGGGUUGCAAGACUCUAUUCCAGGCUCUCUGCUGGUUCAUUUCUGCAGGAGUUACAAUCCGUUCACAUUGUUGACAU